AUGUCAGACCAAGUACCCACCCAAGGUCCAGCUCUCAAAGCUCUCCGACCCUACAUGGACACGAUAGACAGGCGCGAAUACGCCUGCCAUCCUUACUUCGUUGUCUGCUUGCUCCAAUUAGAGAAACGUCUCGAACGCGAUGGGGCUGCUACUCUCGCGACUGGUGCGACCUACGACCGUCUCAUCAACUUCCUCGUGCAUCAUCUCUUCCGCGUCCUCGCUGGCUCUCGCAGCGACCCGACUCUAGGGUGUCUUAAGCAGCACUGCAAGGAUAUGUACAAAGCACACCCCUACAUCUUGGACUUCUGUCGGUCAAAGUGCCUGCCAAAGGGUGGGAAGCACCGCGAACUCGCGAAGGACGAACGCACCGGCGUCGAGGUCAUGCUCGACAUCCUCACCCGCCUCAACCAGGUCGAGACUUUCCUCCACAACGCAGCGAUCGCUCCUUCUGCUUCGCACUUCAACCUCAUCAUCGUCUGGCUCAAGCAUAAACGCGACGCUGUUGCUCCCUCCCUCGUCCGCUACCCUAUCCUCGCGUCUAGUCCGGCUGUCCUACUCGCGCUCAUCGACGCUGUCGCGAAUUAUGCGGCAGGCAACGCUAUGAAUGCGCACGUUCUAUUCAGCGUCGCCCACUACGUCGCCCAGUGCAGCGGUCCUUCUCAAGGAGGGGCCUGGCGCAACUUUCUCCGGGGCUUGGACCCUGACCAGGCCCAGGUUUUCGUCUCUUCCUGCACCUUCAUCCUUAAUUGGAUGGACGUUCAAGGCGAGCGACCUCGCCCCCAGAUUAUCAGCUUCCGCGAGAACCUGAUAGAGGCUGCUGCUCACCUCGUAGCCGUUCGCCGGCUGGCAGUCAACGAGAUUAGCUGUCAUCGGCUGAUUUGGGAACGCGCCUCCGGGCGCGUCCAUUAA